AUGCACCUGACCGAGCAGAUCGGGACCACCGCGGAGGUCCUAGUUCGGGGCCCUGCCUCAAAGGAGUGGAAGCCAGGGGCCACCCUUUCUGUCCCUUUCUUCUCCUUCCACUCUCGGCAAGGGGUUGUCGCCGGCUUCCGCAUCCAUGAUGAAGAGUUGAGUGGGGCUGGGGAGGGGCGGGACGAGAGGGAGAGUGGCGGCGGGACGGGGGCCGGCUUCCGCAGCCGCUCAGAGGGCGACUAUAAAGCAAUUGGCAGAAUAGGAGAGGGAACGUUUUCUGAAGUUGUGAAGAUGCAGAACCUGAGAGAUGGAAACUAUUAUGCAUGUAAACAAAUGAAACAGCACUUUGAAAGUGACAGAAAAUCUGGUUCUCUUGCACUAAUAUGUGAACUUAUGGACAUGAAUAUUUAUGAACUAAUACGAGGGAGAAGACACCCAUUAUCAGAAAAAAAAAUUAUGCACUAUAUGUACCAGUUGUGUAAAUCCCUUGAUCACAUGCACAGAAAUGGAAUAUUUCACAGAGAUGUAAAACCAGAAAAUAUAUUAAUAAAGCAGGAUGUCCUGAAAUUAGGGGACUUUGGGUCCUGCCGGAGUAUCUAUUCUAAGCAGCCGUACACGGAAUACAUCUCCACCCGCUGGUACCGGGCCCCAGAGUGUCUCCUCACUGAUGGCUUCUAUACCUACAAGAUGGACCUGUGGAGUGCGGGCUGCGUGCUCUAUGAGAUGGCCAGCCUGCAGCCCCUCUUCCCCGGAGCCAACGAACUGGACCAGAUCUCGAGGAUCCACGACAUCAUUGGCACACCUACUGGGAAGACCGUCACCAAGUUCAAACAGUCGAGAGCUAUGAGUUUUGAUUUUACUUUUAAAAAGGGAUCAGGAAUACCUCUAUUGACAGCCAGUUUGUCCCCGCAAUGCCUCUCCCUCCUGCACGCAAUGGUGGCCUAUGAUCCCGAUGAGAGAAUCACUGCCCACCAGGCCCUGCAGCACCCCUACUUCCAAGAACAGAGGGCAGCUGAGAAGCAGGCUCCGGCCAGGCCCAGGAGGAAGGCCUCCGCGCUCUGCCCCAAGCGGCCGGUGGCACCGAAACUACUCAACAACAACUGGCAGCCGGCACAGGAAGGCAGCAAGCAGAAACAGCCUCUAAAGCAAGAGGAGGACCAUCCCAGGAGACACGGACCAGCCCACGUGAUGGCACUGCCCAAGCUCAAGCUGUCGGGAGUGACCAAGCAGCCCUCGUACUCAAGCCCGGCGCUGCAGUCAGUGUUUGCCCCCGGAACGACCCGGAAGGUCCCGGUGCUGAGACCCCUAAAGUGUGUUGGCCCAAACCAGAAGACAGACACACAGAAGGACAUCCAGCCUAACCUGAAACAGUACCACCGGCCCACAGUAGAGCGGAGAGCGACGGGCGGGCGCUGGCCAGGCUCUGGGGGCACAGGAGGCCGCCGGGCCCUGCUGCCAGACCGCUGGUGGGUCUCCAUGCACCCCAAACCUGACCGGUUGCGAGGCCGGGCGGCUGGGCCAUCUCCGCCUCCCCGGGGCCACUGGAGGGCCCGUCUCCACAGACCCGAGCAAGGGAGCUCCCUCAUCACCCCCCCGACUGACGCCCUCGUCCACUUUUGA